CUCUCACAUAUCAAUGUUUCUCUCUCUCAGCACUCCCUUUUAAAAGGUCUUAUAGAGUUCACUUUUAUUUUCUUAAUGAAAUGGUAUCUAGGUACCUGGUUAAUAAUCAGCUUGUUUAUAUGUUGGGACAGUUGGGAGGAAUUGAACUUUGAUCCUAGUCACUUAAAAUACCUUCAUGGUGAAACUGAGCUCAUUUCAUUUAAUACUUAACAUGUCUCUGUGUUAGAAAAACUUCUUAGAAGAUAAAAAUUAUAUUUACAUUCAGAUAUAAAACGUCUAAAUUCAUCUGUUAUGAACAAAGGUUAAUGAGGGAGAAUUUGUGCAUCUGCAUAUGAUUUUUUUUUUAAAAUUAAAAGCAAAAAACUGAUACUGACAAUGAAGGGUUAGACUGAGAAAUGGUACCCUGAAUUACAACAGAAAUGAGGAAAAGUGGUAGUGGGCAACAGAGAACUCUGUCCUGCUUAUAGAUCCCCAAAGAAUCUCUGUCCCCUCCCCCCAGCCUCCUGCCAGAAUGUUGGGUUUCAAAGAAUGAGCAGAUCAACUGAUAUCAGGGAGUUCUGUGGCCUGGACGGAGGAUGAAGGUAACUUGCCAGAGUUAAAGUACAGGCUGAAUCAUUACAGACCUUCUAUUUGGUAUAUGUCUCUGUGAGGGUAAAGACAACUUGGCCAAGGAGCAUUAAAGCUGUUCCUGUUUGAACGAAGUCAUGUAGUAAGGAAAGUACUGAAGAUCAAGAGGGAGGCAAGAAUAUAAACACAGCCUCAAAGUCCAUAAGAUUCAGAAUUGGGAAGCAGUCACCCAUAAGGGAGCCAGAAUAGAUCUGAGUCUCCAAGGUUCAGCAUGCCAGGGAGAGCUGCUGCUGAUGGACACAGGCCCUGCAUCAUCAACUGAUUCACUAGGGCCAUGUCAGUGGACGCCUCUGUGAGAGGCUCUGCCUCUGUAAGGCCUUCUCUAUGGAAAAACCAGGAGGCCUUGAAAACGGGUAAGACAAAGUUUCAGACUUGGGCUCAGCAGAAGAGGGGCUUAAGGCUGGGGCCAGUUGCAGGAUCUUCAUGUGUCAGGUUAGUGGUCGUGCUGGUGUUGGUACUGAGUUUCCUGCCCAGCUUGUACUGUGACCUGGGAUCAGUAUAUUACUCAUCCUAUGAAACAGUCAUCCCCAAGGCUCUGACAGUUGAGGGAAGGGAAGGCCCAGUGGAAAGGGCAUCUUAUGUGAUAUUUAUGCAGGGCCAGGAACAGCUGAUCCACCUGAAGGUGAAGAGAGACUAUUUUAUCAAUAACUUUCCAGUCUUCAGCUACCACAAUGGCAUCCUGGGACAAGAAAUGCCUUUCAUCUCACAUGACUGUCACUAUGAAGGCUACAUAGAAGGAGUCCCAGGUUCUUUUGUCUCUGUCAAUGCCUGUUCAGGCCUCAGGGGCAUCCUGAUUAAGGAGGGAAAAUCCUAUCGCAUUGAGCCCCUGGACUCUUCAAAAGAGUUUGAACAUGUGUUGUACACCAUGGCACAUCAGGCUCCAGUCUCCUGCAGUGUCACUUCCAAAGACAGUCAAGUGGUGUCCACCAGCCAGCAACAAGGGAGCAGUAAGCCUCGCGGCCUACAGGCGAUGUCCUACUUGUGGUCACUGAUCAAGUACGUGGAGAUGUUUGUCGUGGUCAACAACCAGCGGUUCCAAAUGUGGGGCAGUAACAUCAAUGAGACGGUCCAGAGAGUAAUGGACAUCAUUGCCCUGGCCAACAGCUUCACUAGGGGAAUAAACACAGAGGUGGUGCUGGCUGGAAUGGAGAUCUGGACCGAGGGGGACCUCAUAGAGGUCCCAGUGGACCUGCAAGUUACACUCAGGAAUUUCAACAGCUGGAGACAAGAGAAGCUCCUCCAUCGUGUGAAGCAUGAUGUUGCCCACAUGAUUGUUGGACAGCAUCCUGAACAGGGUAUGGGACAGGCGUUUCUCAAUGGUGCCUGUUCAAGUGGUUUUGCAGCAGCUGUUGAAUCCUUCCAUCAUGAAGACGUCCUCCUGUUUGCAGGGCUCCUGGUCCAUGAGCUUGGGCACAACUUGGGUAUUCAGCACGACCACUCGGCCUGCAUUUGUAAAGAUAAACACCUCUGCCUCAUGCAUGAAAAUAUCACUAAAGAAAGUGGCUUCAGCAACUGUAGCUCUGACUACUUCUACCAGUUCCUCCUGGAACACAGAGGGGCCUGUCUAUUUAAUAACCCUCAGCACAAAGGCCGCUUGCGUCGGGAUGUCACGUGUGGUAAUGGUGUGGUGGAGGGUAAGGAGCAGUGCGACUGUGGUCCUGAUUGUGCUAAUAACCGAUGCUGUGACAGAGCAUGCAGGCUGAAGGAUAGUGCAAAGUGUAUUCCUGGACCUUGUUGUAAUAUUGAUUGCAAAAUUGAAGCAAAGGGCACCAACUGUCGUCCUGCUAUUGACGACUGUGACCUCCCAGAGUAUUGUGAUGGUACCUCUGCAGAGUGCCCGGCAGACAGCUAUAAGCAAGAUGGUACAUCAUGCGGUAGACUUCACUAUUGUUUUGGGGGUCGGUGUAGGAACCCUGAUAAUCAGUGCGUGGCUAUAUAUGGGUACAAUGCACGGUCUGCCCCAGAAAACUGUUACAUUUCAAUAAACAGCAGAGGGAACCGGUUUGGAAACUGUGGCCAUCCUACCUCGGCAAUGCCAAGAUAUGUUAAGUGUUUUGAUGAUAAUGUAUUUUGUGGGAAAAUUAUAUGUACAAAUAUUAGAGAGGUAGCACCGAUCAAAUCCCAUCACACAAUGAUCCAGAUUCCCUAUGAAGGUGACUUCUGCUGGAGCAUGGAUUCCUAUAACACCACUGACGUCCCUGACGAUGGAGAUGUACACUCUGGCACUGCCUGUGCCCCAAACAAAGUCUGCAUGAAUUACUCCUGCCUUGAUGAUGCUGUGCUCAAGUAUGACUGCAAACCAACAGAAAUGUGUAAUGGGAGAGGAGUCUGUAACAAUUUAAAGCACUGCCAUUGUCAGGCUGGCUAUGCACCCCCCGACUGCAGAACUCCUGGAAAUGGGGGUAGUGUGGACAGUGGUUCUCCUGACAAAACAACUGAUGAAAGUCUAGGUGCAGAAGAAACUGGCAGUCCUCGUCCACGUAAGAAUGAGUUUCAAGGUUAUGGCCCUAUAGUUUUCAUACUCCCUUCCUUUCUUUUACUAUUACUGAUUGUAUUAAUAUUUUGCAUUAGUCUUAAUGCUGGAAUUGAGUCAGUAGAGACUCCAGGGGCCUCACCAUCAGUGAGCUCAGAGGAAUCCUCUGUGGAAUCAGACAUGCUCCCAACAGAAUUGGAAGUACAGGAGGGCGUAGAGGAGGGCGCAGAGGAGGCCCCACCACCAGAGGAGGCCCCACCACCGGAGGAGGCCCCACCACCGGAGGAGGCCCCACCACCAGAAGCCCCACCACCGGAGGAGGCUCCACCACCAGAGGCCCCACCAGAAGCAUAA